AUGUCGGCGGACACGUUCGUAUGGCUGUCGCCGAUUCCCCAGCUCGGCGCGGGCGACUACAAACGCGAGCGGACGGUCGAUGACGAAGAGUGGUACCCGCGGGUGGUGUCGACCUACGGACUGACCGAGAGGGUCCACUGGUCUCGACGUCUGGAGGCAGACGCCGACCACCGGUCCGGACAGCCGCCGGCCACCGCCGUCCGGUGGACGCGGCCGGUGCGGUCGGCGGGUCGCGACUAUUACGGGAGCGAGGACGUGGACCGUGCGUUUUUGCAGCGGAAACCGAUUUCGUUCGCGAUAUUCGGCAAACCCGGUUUAGCGGACGACCGGUUGGCCGCCAUGUUGUCCACGUACUGGGGAUGCGUCCACGUGUCCGCGGCCAUCGGGCUGCUGGCCGCCAGCCACCGGCCGGAAGACCAAAUCGGUUUGGCGUUGCGACGCGGCGAAGCGGUAAACGCUGCGAGUGCCUCCGCGUCGCUCAUUGAGCUUUUGAGAAUCCGUGGGGCCGACGUACAAGAACGGGGUUACGUGCUUACCGGCUUGCCCAGACACGAUCCUGGACUGAGUGCGUGUGAACAAAUGAAUGCGGUGUUCACUACGAAUCCACCAGACGUAUUGAUUUAUAUGAGCUGUCGUAAUCAGGAUUUAAUCCAUAUACAUAACGGAUUGACUUUAGAAUCCACGGAACACGAACGUCUUACGCAAACACUACAUUUGAACAACACAGAAUACAAUCAUAUGCGCGUACGUUGGUACAAUAAGUCGUUGAUAAGCAAGAAAAUGAUUGAACUGGAUCUUAAAGAUUACGAAAAUUAUUCGCUAAAAGUAAUAGACGAAAUAGUCAAGCAGUUCGAUCCUACAUGCGUGAUAACCGUGGACGGCAGAAAACCAGUGAACGAAUUAUUCGAAACGAUUAAAUCGAAAUUAAUGACAAUGCCGUUACAUUAUACGGUGUUACCGGAAAUGGUGGAGAUCCAAGCGAAAUCUGAUUUGUCGGAAGACUACACAUAUAGUGGUUCUGAGUUUGAGUUCGAAUCGGAAUCGAACGAGGUGGAAACGGUGAUAAGCAGUAUGGAGCGCGCUAGUGAUACGACUCAAAUACGUAACGAAAACGAACAACGUAAAGAGCGAUUACGUAUGACGUCGGAAUUCGGUCGUCUGUGUCCUGUAAACUUUUCUAACGGUCGAUUCAUAUUGGGCAGCGACCGUUAUUGCAUAAAGUUUAUGGGGAAACUGUACUACUUCGCUGGACCUGAUGAGAUGCAAACGUUUGGUAAACACCCGAGACAAUUUUUGAAAAUUCCUACACACGGGCUACCUAUUAGGGCCAUGUUUUACGGUCCCAAGACGUUGACGAACCAAGCUACAAAGGCUGUACGUAAUUUAUUCGGUUAUAACAUAAUAGACGUUGGACAUAUAAUACAGAUACACGAAGAAGACGUAAAAUACGAUUUUUCGUCUGCGAUCGUCGAUUCUAUACUAAAAACUGCACAAGAGGUCAUAAGACCCAAAGAAAUUCAAACUAAUGACAUCGACAUCAUGCGAAACGCAAUUGCUGAGUGGACACGCCUGCGGUUUGGUGUUGUCGUUGGAUCUGAUUUGGGUAGCGUUGAAGACAACGGAAGUGAAUACGAAACGAAUGAAGAUUUCUCAAAUCAAAAAAAUCAAGAUGUGGACGAAUAUAUUAAAAAAAAGCAACUAAUUAACUUCUUUGAAUCAUAUGAUAUAGAUUUCUUAGAUGAUUUAUAUGUAUGUAUUCGUGCAUACAAUGAACCAGAAAGACUAAAAAAAUAUUUCCAAAAUAUGUCAAUAAAAAAUAGAAAGAUUUUUAGGCGAAGCUUCAUUAAAAGCAAAAAAAUUAUUGAACCUGAAUUAAUAAAUGUUAUUGUUGAUAUCGUACAAAUAAAAAACGAACAAAACCAAAAUUGGAUUAUAGUAAACGCACCAUUAGAGUUUGGAUUAGUGAAAAAAUUAAUCGAUGUAAACCUUAAUCCAAUCCAGAUGGUAUUUUUUCAUGACUCUGAUCCAAUGCACAAUAUUUUAUUAUCAAAUGAAGAAAUGAACAAUAGCUAUCGAAAUAACUAUAUUGAAAUCUUAGAUAAUGUGAAAAAUGGAAUGAGGCAUGGAACGACAGUAGAAAAAAUUAAAUAUCCAGAUUUUGUCAACAAAAUUGAAAACUCGUUAUAUAUUUCUCAAAAUAAAGAUGAUUUUUUUGAAGGCGAAGUUGAAACUGCAGAAUACGAAGAACAUAAACACAUUAACAUCAUAAGUCACGAUCACUUAAUGGGAAUAAUAGUUCCAGUAAUAACUGAGCGAUUAAAUCAAUAUACAGAAAAUCUUCUCGUACAAUGGCAUACUUUAAAAACUAAUAUUUCUAAAGAAAUAAACCAAUAUAUGGAUUUUAAUAUCAUUGUAUGCAAACCCGACUCAACAUAUAAUUUGCUGACAAUUUUAAUCGAAGACACUAUAUACUAUCUAAAGAAGUUUUUGACAGAUAAUGUAAGCGAUGUAUCCACAUCAGAUAUCAAUAAUACUGUACCUACUAGGGGAAAAUAUGAUGGUGAUACUUCCAUUUAUUGUCCCGUAAAGUUUUCAAAUGGUAAACUCUCUAUUGGAUCUACAAAACACAUGGCAGUUUAUCAUAAUAGGUAUUAUUAUAUGAGCUCGUCCAACGACUUCAAAACGUUUUUUUCUAAUCCUGAUAGAUAUACAUUGUUUACUAGUGUUCCAAAAAUUUAUCCUAAACCUAAGAUAUCUUUACUUUUUUCAUUUGGUCUCUGUUCAAUAGAUUUUAUUAACGAAAUAUUAGAUAAAUUUGAUUUAACUCUUGUAGACUCGUAUAAAGUAUUUAAAAACAACGUUUUACCAAAUAAUAUACCAAUGGUGGGUAAAAUGUACGAGGAACCGACGCUUAAGAAGAUUGUGGAUAAAUAUUUUAUUUCUGAAAAACAAAAGGUUUAUAUUAAUAGCUUGAGAAAGUAUAUGGAUAAAGAAAGUGCUUACUUAAAUGACGAGGAUUGGUUAAAAAUGAAUUCGGUUUUUUUUCAAACCAACGAAGGAAUAUGUUAUAAAAAUUAUCCUAAAAAUUUGACAGAGCUAAAGUAUUUAAAAGAAAAUGAAAUAAAUCCUGAUGUUAUUAUUGAAGUAAUUUCUGAAAAACACAUUGAAAAAGAACACGCCAAAACAUCAGUCAUUCAAAAUUGGUUAAAUUAUCAAUAUAUAUUGAUCGACAAGGUCAUUGCGCGGGAUAAUGAGACAAGACGAAAUUCUAUUAAAAACAGAUCGAUAUUGUUUAAGCAAAAACUAGCGGAGGUCAUAAAACAAAAAGAAAUUCACAGAAUAAAAAUGCGUUUAAAGCGUGCAAUCACAAUGGUUGUAGCGGAAACCGUAGCAGAAGGACCGGGCGCUGUGAAAUCCAUAUGUGAUACUCAACAAUCGGACAAGUCUUAUCACAUGUCUACACUGUCCUCCAUAUCGGAUUUAUUGGCCAGGUACUCUGAACUAACGUUGAAACAAAAAAAAAUUAUCAUUGACUACAGAUUGGACGUAAGCGAUUUCCUAGAUUUGGAUGAAUUCGAAACGUUGGACGAAAUCGACGAGAUGGUUAACAAAAAAUUUCCAGACGAUAAGUAUUUGAUAUCCCAAUGUUUUUCUGACAGUUUUGAAUUUCCACCAGACACCAUGAUUCAGCAAUACUUGGACAUGGAGAAGGACACGCUUACAGCAAUGAGAGAGUUUGCCGAAAAGUCCAACAUCCCGUGGAUAACCGUAUCAGGUCCAGAUUCUCGGUCGGCUGCGCUCAGUGACAUCACCGAGGUGUUAGCGGCAAACGUCGACGCGCCGUUCGAGACGACGUACGACGUGGACUUGGAGACUUCGGAGAACAUGUUGCGCGCGGGCGAAGUGCACCUUAGCCGAUUCGGUCGGUGGUGUCCGGUGCAGGCGGCCCGCGGUUCGACCGAUCCGGUCAUCCGACGGUUCUGUCCGGACACGGAGAACGUUCACCCGGUGGUGCACCGCAAGUACGUGUACUACGUGGCCGGUGGGCCAGAGAACAGGGACGAGUUCGCGCGGCAGCCGCUGAAAUACGCGCUCGGACCGUCGAAAAUUCCGCCACCGCCGGGUUUCGCACUGAAGAUCGCUGUGGUCGGGCCUCCCGGAAGCGGGAAGUCGCGUUGCGCGCAAGAACUGUGCUCGCGGUACGGGCUGCAACUGAUCCGUAUCGAGGACGCUGUCGACGCGUAUCUUACGGAGUAUCGGUGGACGGACGUUGCAAAAACCGCCGUGGGCACGCUACGCCGGGGAGACGCAUUGUCCGAAGACGCAGUUGCGGAAGCGGUGGUCACGGCCACGUUUGGUGGUCAGGCCAUUACGUGGGGUUACGUGAUCGACGGGUACCCGGUGACCGAGAAGCAGUUCAAACUGCUGGACGCGGCCGGUGUCAUGCUGCACGCGGUAUUCGUUCUGCCAGAGGACGGCGGUCGACCGGACGAGGACACGGCGCUGUGGCGGCUCAGACGUGACGCCUGGACGGAAGCGUUCGUCGGCCUGCAGUGGAUUUCAGACCGGUACGGGAACGCUUCCGGUUUUGCGUCCACCGACAUUGACGGGAUGGUCGCGGCCGCUUCGGCGUGCGUCCGAUCGGUGCUCGCGUACCGAACGGAUGUCCGCGUCAACCGCCCGUGCCGGCUGUCUGGCGUGCCGCUCACAAGCCGCGAGUGCCGAUACAACCUCAGCACGUACUUGGACAUGUGUCCGGUGUGCAGGGUGAACGGGGACCGCAUAAACCAGCCCAGCGACUUGGCGGCCAUGAGGCGAUCCGCCGUACAGUACCGGUCGUACAUCUACUGGACGUGCGGUCCGGAACACGAGGCUUCGUUCAUGGGCGAUCCGGACCGGUACGCGGACGCGGCGCCGAUUUCACCGGACCCGCAUCCGGUGGCCACCACGGACCGCCAAUUGUCCCGGAACCCGUUCUUCCGGUGCAAGCUCUCGUCCGAGUAUUGUGUGGUGUGCGCGCUGUCGUGCCUGUGGUACCCGACGUACAAGCGCGGCCUUCCCGAGUUGAUGGUCGCCUACCGUAAUCGCGCGUACACAUUCUGCUCGUCCCAAUGCCAACGUAUGUUUUCGCAGCGGCCGACGCUGUACGCGGAGUACACGAUGCUCGUCAGAGGCCCAGACCGGCCGCUGUCGACGCCGCCCCGACCCUGGGACCGGGAGCAGAUCGACGGCCUACCUGUGCUCGGCUACCUGGAACAGACCGUGGCCGCGGGAGUCAGUUCGGCGCUAGCCGGACUUACGGCCAUGAAGCCCGUGUACCCGGGCCUGACGGCCACGGUCUCGGCCAUGGUGUAUUUAGGCCUACACAUCGGCAGGAACGGCGGCGGAGACAACGACGUAGCCGAAUACUAUCGCGAAGCAUUCAAACAGUUUGUCGACACCUGUCACAGUUUCAAAAUCGAGGCGUUCAAAUUGAGAUCGCUGAUGUGA